AUGCUAUGUUCGGCGGCGGCUUUCUAUAAUUUAUAUUGCAAACCGUUCUUUUCUACUGUCACCGGUGGAGCUCCGCACUCUUCGCCGACAAGACCGAGUACAUCCUUGUCUUUCAUCGCUUGUCGCCGUGAGGUCAAGUCCACAAUGUUCGCUCGAUCCUCUGCCUUCCGGAUAUUUGCCCACCAAUGUCCUAAAACCUCCUCCCUGCCAGGCCUUCAGGGCUCGCUCCCAACCUGGCGAUACUUUACAUCGAGCGCGCCUCGAGCAAAAGCCGCAACGAAAGGCAAGAAGCAACAACCCAAGUCCGUGAAGCCUUCCACGCCAUCGAAAACCUAUUCUCCUCCAGAAGAAUCUCUUAAGUUUGCCGGCCGUCGCCCAGAAGGAUUUGGAAAGCUCGAACGGAAAGUCGCCAAGGAAGGAAAAGUGCUCCUCUUCAAGGCUCCGUCGCAUCGCAGCUACGUGCUAGGCGCCUACGGCAUUACGGCCUUUUGCUUCGCUUACUCUGUGUACAACUCCAAUGCUGUAUUCCGUGACCCCGUCGUGCCCCUGCCGAUGUGGCAGCAGGCUCUGUUUGGAGGUGUCUGCGUCAUGAUGAGCGUGAUGGGCACAGUGUUCCUGUUCAAGACGGGGAGAUUAAUUCGAACGGUGAAUGCGGUCAAUGUCAAUGGACAGACGUACCUCCGGUUUACCGUCCGGAGCAUGAUUCCCUUCAAGAAGCCAUAUGAAUUUGAUACUCUGCCUCGCCAAAUCGCUUUCUCCCGUCGGCUGGUCGUUACGCCCGAGACGAUGCACCGCAUGGAAAACCCUGGAAUCGCCCAGCCCGAGCAACCGGCGCGCACGAGCAUCUACAAGUUGCCAUUGACGAAAAUGAGCCAGAUUCUUUGGCGAGUGUUUCGAUCUGUGCGCCAGCUGUUCACCACGGAGGAUUUCAUUCUGUUGGAAGUUGAGGGCCAGAAGGGCGUGUUCCGUAUGGACUCUGGUGGCUAUGUUUCGGAGGACUUCCUGGUGGUCGGAAACCCAGUGAGCAUUGCUCGUUGA